CUCAAAACCCCCGAGGUGGAAAAGCUUCCUCUGUUUUUAUUCGGCGUCUUCUCCGUCUGCCUUCUUUUUAAAUCCAGGGAGGUUGACAAAGAGAGGGAUGCCUGUGGAAAGGACGGAGCAGCGCGGAGCCGACGAGCUCCACAAAUACUAUGAAGUUUAUGGGACCAUCGGCUCCGGAGGCUUUGCUAAAGUGAAGCUGGGUCGACAUAUCCUGACAGGAGAGAAGGUUGCCAUCAAAAUCAUGAAUAAGAAAGACCUCGGGGAUGACUUGCCUCGUGUGAAAGUGGAGAUCGAAGCCAUGAAAAACUUGAGUCAUCAACACAUCUGUCGACUGUAUCAAGUCAUAGAGACGUCCACCCAGAUAUUCAUGGUGCUGGAGUACUGCCCCGGUGGGGAGCUGUUUGACUACAUCAUAGCAAAGGACCGUCUGACGGAGGAGGAGACCAGGGUCUUCUUCAGGCAGAUUGUGUCUGCGAUGGCUUACGUUCACAGCCAAGGAUACGCACACAGGGACCUGAAACCGGAGAACUUGCUGAUUGAUGAAGACCAUAAUUUGAAGCUUAUAGACUUUGGAUUGUGUGCCAGACCAAAGGGAGGUUUGGGUUAUGAGCUGAUGACGUGCUGUGGGAGUCCUGCUUAUGCCGCCCCCGAACUCAUCCAGGGCAAAGCGUACAUCGGCUCGGAGGCCGAUGUAUGGAGCAUGGGCGUGCUGCUGUUCGCCCUGCUCUGUGGGUACCUGCCCUUCGACGACGAGAACUGCAUGGCCCUCUACAGGAAGAUCACAAGGGGACAAUAUGAAAACCCACACUGGCUCUCUCCUGGUAGUAUUCUCCUUCUCAACCAGAUGAUGCAGGUGGACCCCAAGCGGCGUCUGACUGUCCGACAGCUGCUCGACCAUCCCUGGGUGAUAAAGGAGUACAACAGUCCUGUGGAGUGGUACAGCAGGCAGCCGCUUGACUAUAUAGAUGAAGACUGUAUCACCGAGAUGGCGGUCAACAUGAAACGGUCCAGACAGAGCACCACAGCACUGGUGAACAAGUGGCAGUACGAUCACACCACGGCCGUCUACCUGCUGCUGCUGUCGAAGAAACAGAGGGGGAAGCCUGUCCGCCUGCGCCCGGAGUCGGCUUUCUCAGAGGACUGCGGCUCUCCUGUGCAACAGAGACUACAGGCUAAAGAGGCUGUUCACUUCAGCGAGGACGAAGACGGUGUCAUCGUGGGCUCUUUGGAUUUUUGCUCAGAGUACAUCGAUGACUGUGUGUGGACUUCUGUCCCGCAGUACUCUCCUCAGGGGGUCAGAGGUCAGCCAGACGGAGCCAACAGAAAAGACAUUCUGUCUCCAGCAGUGGAAAAGAAAUACGCUUCCAGCCCGACCCCGGAGAGGGGACGCACGGCAACGCCGCCACACCGCCACGAGAAGAGAGCCACAAUCAAAGAGCGAGCAGGCGAGAACAAGGAGAACGUUGCAGCGCCACAGGAAGACGGCGACAUUUUCCUGCUGCCGCCCCCCCGAACUCCAGCGUCCAGUAAAAAGAGCGAGCGGCCCAGCAAAAGAGCGCAGACCACACCCGGUAAAAACGGCACGAAGCCCUCAGCAGCCACACCUAAAGGUGGCAGUAGUGCAUCCAAAGAGCACAAUCAGAAGAGAGCCCCAGAGACCAAGGAUUCUGCAAACAUUGAAAUAGUGACCUUCAGUCCAGAGCGAAGGUCAAGGUCUCUGGACAUGGCUGUCAAAGAAGACAGCGGGAAGAAGAAACGAGGAGGGAAGAUGUUCGGGUCCUUGGAGAGAGGCCUUGAUAAGAUGAUCAACAUGCUCACCCCGAGCAAGAAACGAGUCCCGCGUCACGGCCCGCGACGGAUUAAGGCUCAAUAUAAUGUGACUCUGACCAGUCAGACCAACCCAGACCAGGUCCUCAACCAGAUCCUCUCCGUUCUGCCAGAGAAAAACAUCGACUACACACAGAAAGGCUACACCGUCAAGUGUCAGACGUGGGGAGACUUCGGGAAGAUGACCAUGGCGUUCGAGCUGGAGGUGUGCCUGCUGCAGAGACCGGAGGUGGUUGGCGUGCGCCGCCAGCGGCUGAAGGGAGACGCAUGGGUCUACAAGCACCUGGUGGAGGACAUCCUCUCUACAUCGAGAAUCUAACGGCUGCAGCUUCCUGUCUCCUUCACUGUUCUGACCUUACCCGUCUUUCUUUGCCUCAGUAUUAAUUAUCGCCACACUAAUACCUUAUUUAUGUUUCCUGGUCAUUUUCCUGCCUGUGGGGACAAAUCUUUACUGCACAAACUAAAGAGCAUUACUAAUUUACUGUCACUGUAUGUGUUUACAAUUCUUUCUGAUGUUUUACAUGUGUGUAUCAGUUUUUUUUAAAUGUUAGUGUCGUGUUAUGUUUUCAUUAUUUUCAGUGAUUUUAAA